GAGAAGGGAAGUGGAGAGGCGAGGAGUGGGCGGGCCUGCGGGGCGCGGCGGGGCGGGAUUGGCCGGAUGGCUGGUGUCGUCUUCGGUGCGCGCCGGCGCCACUGGGCCGCGGCCUGGCGGGAUUGGCCGGUCUGCGGGUGACGUUGUCGGGGCGCGCCCGGAAACCCCAAGGCCCGGACGGCUCUCAGAUCCGGCGGCUGCGGAUAAAUGGCCGUAGGCCGCGGGCAGCGAGAUGUUGCGUUCCGGUGUGGGUGUGGGUGUGCCUUCGACGGCGUCUCGGUGCCAGUGUCGAGGUUCUUUCUGCUUAGCUACCCAGAGCCGACUACGGAGGAGGACACCUGAGUUUACGUCUCUUCCAUCUGCUAUUCACCUCAGCUACCUGGGUCCCCGACGAGAGCCAGGUGACACUUAACUCCGCCAUCUGCGUUUUGAGCACUGUUCUCAUAAUGGAGUUUCCUGAUUUGGGGAAGCAUUGUUCAGAAAAGACUUGCAAGCAGCUAGAUUUUCUUCCAGUAAAAUGUGAUGCAUGUAAACAAGAUUUCUGUAAAGAUCAUUUUACAUACGCUGCACAUAAGUGUCCGUUUGCAUUCCAGAAGGAUGUUCACGUCCCGGUAUGCCCACUCUGUAAUACGCCCAUCCCAGUAAAAAAGGGCCAGAUACCAGACGUGGUGGUUGGUGAUCACAUUGACAGAGACUGUGACUCUCACCCUGGGAAGAAGAAAGAGAAGUCACUUUGCUCUCUUAGAUUUUUACAUACCGUUGCUCAAAAGAGGGCUGCAAGAAGAAAGAGAUGCUGCAGAUGGUAUGUGCCCAAUGUCACGGCAACUUCUGUAUCCAGCACAGACACCCUUUGGACCACAGCUGCAGACACGGGAGUCGCCCCACCAUCAAAGCUGGGUGAGAAGAGACUCCGCUGCGAUGGCUCAGAGCACGCAGUAGCAUGCGUGGAAGCAGCUUACACUCUAGUGGGAAGUGGAGCCCCAUUGAGCACCAUCCCACACUGGCUGCUGAUCUUGUUUGUUGAGGGAGAUGGGACUAUAAUAAAAUUGAAUGCUGAAGUUGAUUCUAGUUGUUCUCAUUUCCCACUGCUGCCGUCACCAAGUACUAAAAACUGGGUGGCUCAAACCAUAGAAAUCGGUUCUUUCACAGUUCUGGGGGCUCGAAGUCCAGGUGCAGGAUGUCGGCAGGGCCAGCCCCUUCUGAGGGCUGCGGGGAGCAUCGGCUGCGUCUCCCCAGCAUCUCGGGGCUCGUCAAUGCACAACCCCCGUCUCCACCUUCAUCUUCACAUGGCAUUCUGUGUGUGUCCCGACUUCCCCUUUUUGUAAGGAUGCUGGUCAUGUGAUGCCACGGUCAUGACCUCUGAAAAGACCCUGUCUCCACAGAAGGUCACACUCUGAGGUCCCGAGUCUAGGGCUCCGGC